GGAGGAAAUGCUGAUGUUGAGUGGAUACCCCCUGCAGAGGUGGUUUGAGUCCUCGCAAUCAUAGAUCCGUCAUCAAGGGAAUAGCUUUCAUCAUGACAACUGCCUACCUCGAGACUGCGCUCCUUGACCCCUCCUGUGGAGGGUGUAAUUACUGAGGGAGGGGCAGCAAGACUGAGAUAAGCUUUCCUGUGAAGAUAGAAAUCAUCCAAACCAUGUAGUGUUCCUUUCUCCAAGGAAUGGGGGAGGGUCUACAUUUGAGUCUGAUCUUUUUUCAUUUAUUUCUGCUUAUGUAAUUAGUGGAAGAGAUUUUGUGAUUGAUUAUAGUGUAUGUGGGCGUGGACGUGCAAGGUGAGGAGAAAGUGACAGACAGAAAGAGAGAGAAAGAAGGAAAGAGAUGGUCCUCCACAUCACCCCGUAUUCCAGUGCCUGUCUGCACUUCUUGGAUGGCUUGUCGUGGAGCCUGGUGUUUCCCUGCUACUGGUUCCUGGACCGGCUCCUGGCGUCCUGUGUGGCCACCUCGCUGGAGAAGCGACAGCGCUCCCAGGACCCCUGCUCCUUCCUCACGUUAUGUGUGCUGAUCUCCGCACCCCUUUACCUGCUCCUCCUCCUCGCCUCCUUGCCCUUUGCUCUGCUGGGCUUCAUCAUCUGGGCUCCCCUGCAGGCAAUCCGCCAGCCCUACCUGUACACCUACUGCAGGCCAGACAAACACCAGGCUGAACAAGGUCAAGCAGGUGCUGGAAUUGGGGAAUGGAGGCCACAGGGCAGAAGCUUCUGUUUCUGCAGUGCCAAUGUUUGCCUUCUGCCUGACUCCCUAGCAAGGUUUAACAACCUGUCAGACACCCACCGGAGAGCACGGGAGGUAGGGAAGAGGAUCCGCAAUGGUGCCAGCCGACCUCAGAUUAAAAUCUACAUUGACUCACCUACCAACACUUCUAUCAGUGCGGCGUCCUUCAGCAGCCUUGCCACAGGUUUCCGCCGUACCUCAUCGUUGGACCAACGUCCAGACCAAACACACACAAUCAAUGGCCCAGCCGACACCGAAACUGAACCUGCCACCGAGUGCCCGAUUCACCCCUCAGGUGCCACUGACUGCCCCGUUCACCCUUCUGUGAAUGACCAGGGCUCUGCUGAAUGCCCUGUGCACCCUGAUGGGGCAGACACUACAGCAGAAUGCCCUCUCCACCAAGGGGAGACUAAAAGCAGCUCAGACUGUCCCAUUCACACCUCAGGGGAGGCUCCAGACUGCCCCAUGCAUUCCACAGUAGCUCAGAGUGCUCCUGGUCAUCAUGACUGUCCCAUGCAUGGGGAUGGGACCCAGCCAAAACCCGCAACAGACUGUCCGCUUCACACCUCAGGGGUUCAAAUUAGCAUCAGUGCUCCAGAGCCAGACCCCCAGGAAGAGGAGGCGGAGACAGGGAACCACCGGCCUGGAGAGCACGGAGGGGCAGACACGGGCAGCAUGACUGCUUCUCGUGAGUCCCUUGCUCGUUACCAUGGAAGUGAUGGCGGGAUAGGGAUAUCCUCCAACAAUACUCUCUCUCAUGUCCCACGCACAUCAAUAUUCAAGCGCCCAGGUCGAAAACGCCGCCACGGAGAUGAAACAUUCGACCAUGACAUCUCUGCCUUUUUCCCUGCCAACUUGGAUUUCCUGGCUCUACAGGAGGUAUUUGACCAUGGAUCGACUACUAGACUACGGCGCCAGCUGCAUCGCUAUUUUCCCUACAUCCUGAGCGAUGUUGGGCGGUAUGGCUGGAAAGGCUGCUGCUCCAGGUUCAAAUUCCUGAACAGUGGGCUCAUGCUGGCAAGCCGCUACCCAAUCCUGGAUGCACGAUACGAGUGCUACCCCAAUGGCAGAGGGGAAGAUGCACUGGCGGCCAAGGGGGCGCUGUUUGCCAAGGUUUGA